CCCAGGCAGCCUCAGACCAAGAGCAUUUCCAGGGUAGGAGUUGGCGCUGAGGCAGGUGUUCAAGAAGACAAGGGGAAAGCAGCAGAGAACCCUCAAGUGCCCUGGGCUCAGCGCCCCCUGGGAGCUGGGCAUUGUGCUGAGAGGGCGGCCCAGAAGCUUCUGCUCCAUGCAGAGCUGAAGCAAGUUUUACAGAAGAAAGGAGAGAGGCAGGCUGCAUCCGGGGCUCUGGCCUCAACCUCUGGAGACACCAUGGAGGCCAGAAGUCGGAGCGCUGAGGAGCUCAGAAAGUCAGAGCUGGUUGAGAUCAUCGUGGAGACCGAGGCUGAAACAGGGGUCAGUGGCUUCAACGUGGCCGGUGGGGGCAAGGAAGGAAUCUUCAUCAAGGAACUGCUCAAAGACUCACCAGCGGCCAAGACCCUUAGUUUGCAGGAAGGGGACCAGCUGCUCAGUGCCCGGGUCUUUUUCGACAACUUCAAGUAUGAAGACGCCCUGCGUUUGCUGCAGUGUGCAGAACCCUAUAAGGUUUCCUUCUGCCUCAAGCGGACAGUGCCCACCGGGGACCUGGCACUGCGCCCGGGCACCGCGGCAGGCUACGAGGUCAAGGGCCCCCGGGCCAAGGUGGCCAAGCUGAACAUCCAGAGCCUGUCCCCAGUGAAGAGGAAGAAGGUCCUAGCUGUGUCUGGGGCCCCGGGAAUCCCCUCAGACCUGACCCCUGUUGAUGUUGAAUUCUCCUUCCCCAAGUUUUCAAGGCUGCGACGGGCAAAGGCUGAGGUGGCACCAGGUCCUGUGCUGCCCGCCCCUGCCCGCCGACGCUUACGUCUCCCCCGGCUUCGGGUGAGGGAAGUGGCUGGUCCCGUUCCAACCGCUGAGCCGGCAGCCCAGGUGUCCCACCUAGCCACCAUCCCCUUCCUGGGGAGCAGGAAGGCCAAGGUGGAGGGUGCCCUGGCUGGAGAGGAGCCAUCCCUUAGUGCCCGUUUGGUGACCCCCCAGCUAGAACUGGUUGGGCCUCAGAGGGCAGGUGCUGAGGUGGCCACUGAAGCUCCAGAGCCUUCAGGAACUGGCUUUAGUCUCCAUCUGCCCACAUUUGGCCUUACAGCUCCAGCAGUUCCUGUGCCUGAGGUGACCACAGCGGGGAUCCAGGUACCCCAGGUGGAGCUACCCACUCUCACCAAACUGCCUUGCCUAGAGGCCAGAGAAGGUGGGGCCUUGGCAGCACCUACCUUAGAUGUGUCUGUGCCAUCCAUGGAAGUGGACCUGGCUCUGCCCGGAGCCAAGGCUGAAGUCCGGGAGGAAGUCCGGGGAGAAGGGCCUGAGGUCGCUUUAAAGGUGCCCUGGCUCACCUUUCCCCGCUUUGGUGCUCGAGGGAAGGAAGGGAUAGGGCUUGAGGGUGAGGGGAAGGCUGGCAAAGUAAUAAAGGCCAGUCCUGAGGCCAGGGUCAAGGGGCCCAAGCUGCGGAUGCCCACUUUUGGGCUCUCCCUGCUGGAGUCUCGGCCGGCUGCGCCUGAACCCACCAUGGAGGGCAAGUUGAAACUGCCCACAAUCAAGAUGCCUUCCUUUGGCAUUGGGGUGUCUGGGGCUGAGGCAAAGCUGCCCAAGGGCCCAGAGGUGAAAUUGCCAAAAGUUCCUGAGGUAAAGUUGCCAAAGGGGCCAGAUGUGCAGCUUCCCAAAGUACCAGAGAUGAAACUGCCCAAAGGCCCAGAAGUUUCCAUUCCAGAGGUGCACCUUCCAGAUGUGCAGCUCCCGAAGGUGCCAGAGAUGAAGAUGCCAGAGAUGAAACUACCCAAGGUCCCAGACAUGUCUAUCCCAGAGGUGCACCUUCCAGAUGUGCAGCUCCCGAAGGUGCCUGAGAUGAAGAUACCAGAGAUGAAACUACCCAAGGUCCCAGACAUGUCUAUCCCAGAGGUGCACCUUCCAGAUGUGCAGCUCCCAAAAGUGCCAGAGAUGAAACUACCCAAGGUCCCAGACAUGUCUAUCCCAGAGGUGCACCUUCCAGAUGUGCAGCUCCCCAAAGUGCCAGAGAUGAAGAUGCCAGAGAUGAAACUACCCAAGGUCCCAGACAUGUCUAUCCCAGAGGUGCACCUUCCAGAUGUGCAGCUUCCCAAAGUACCAGAGAUGAAACUGCCCAAAGGCCCAGAAGUUUCCAUUCCAGAGGUGCACCUUCCAGAUGUGCAGCUCCCGAAAGUGCCAGAGAUGAAGAUGCCAGAGAUGAAACUACCCAAGGUCCCAGACAUGUCUAUCCCAGAGGUGCACCUUCCAGAUGUGCAGCUCCCGAAGGUGCCAGAGAUGAAGAUGCCAGAGAUGAAACUACCCAAGGUCCCAGACAUGUCUAUCCCAGAGGUGCACCUUCCAGAUGUGCAGCUCCCAAAAGUGCCAGAGAUGAAGAUGCCAGAGAUGAAACUACCCAAGGUCCCAGACAUGUCUAUCCCAGAGGUGCACCUUCCAGAUGUGCAGCUCCCAAAGGUGCCAGAGAUGCAAAUGCCCAAGAUGCCAGAAAUGCACCUCCCUAAGAUGCCUGAGAUGAAGUUGCCCAAAGCUCCAGAUGUGCAGCUUCCUCAAGAAGCCAUGGCCACACAUGGGGUGGAGCGAGCAGAGGGACUGGAUUUUGGCUUCAAAUUACCCAAGAUGUCCAUACCAAAGCUGGGACGGGUGGCAUCUCCUCCACGGGCCAAGGUUGGGCUGGUGAGCCCUGAAGUCUCAUUGCCCAGCCUUGAGCCAGUGGCCAAGGGGCCAGAGGCCCGGCUCAGCUUCCCGUCUGUUACACUGCCUUCAGUGGAGUUGGAGCUGCCUGGGGCUGGGCUCCAAGGGGCCCCUACAGGGGAGGCAGGACCCCCAAAAGGAGCUGCCCCCACAUCUAAGCUCCCAGCAGAGCCUUCUGGGAUCUCUCUCGGCACAGUGCAGGUGCAGGAGGCAGGGUUCAAGAUGCCCAGCCUGGUACUGCCUGCUGUUGAGAUAGUUGCCCCCAAACUUCCUGAAGGCGAGGUGGAGGGGAAGUUGGAAGUGUCUGAGCCCAAACUCAAAUCUCCAAAGUUUUCCCUGCCUAAGUUUGGGCUUUCAGGCCCCAAGGCGGGAAAGGGGGAAGGGGAAGGGGCUAAGCUGAAAACAUCCAAGUUUGGCAUCACCUUCCCUAAGGUGCGGACAGGUGUCGAGGCUGAAACCAAGGCACCUGGGGAGGCCCCUCUGCUGUCUGCUCUGGGUGUCUCUGUCCCCCAGCUUAGCCUGGAUGUCCAGUUGCCCACAGGCAAGGUGGAGGUUCCCGGACAGCUGCCUGACGUCAAGCUCAAGGGCCCCAAGUUUGCUUUGCCCAGGUUUGGGGCCAAGGGCAAGGAUGUGGAGGUCGGCGAGAUGGUGCUGGGGGAGGGGGAAGCAGAAGGCAAAGGCCGGGGGUGGGAGGCUAAAGUAAAGAUGCCCAAGCUUAAGAUACCCUCCUUUGGGUUGGCACGAGGAAGGGAGGUGGAAGAUGGGGACCAGGGUGGCCCUGAGGAAAAACUGCUUGUGGGGCAUGCUGCCUUGAGAAUACCCCAAGUGGAGCUGCCAACAUUGGUGACACAGGAAGGGGAGAGAGGGGAGGUGAAGAUGGUGAGGGAAGAGGUCAAGCUGCCAGUGCUUCAGAUCUCAGUGCCUGGGCUGGCAAGCGGGGCAGAGCAGGUGGGCAUGGAGGUCUCUGGGAAGGAUGGCAGGGGCUACAAGGGAGAGAUGGCGGUGCCCACGUUGGGCAUCACAGUGCCCCAGGUCGAACUCACUGGUUUUGGGGGGGUUGGAGAAGGGACAGGGACUGAAGUCAGAGCUUCCCAGAGGUAUCAGGAAGGAAGGGUUAUGGCAACAGAGGGUAGUGCUGUCUUCCGGGUACAGCUGCCCCAGGUGGACCUUUCUCUCCCUGGGGCCCAAGCAGAGGGAGGGGAGAUGCUUGUGGGAGAGGGGGUGUUCAAGAUGCCUGCUGUGGCUGUGCCCCAGCUGGAGCUAGACACGGGGCUCAGGAACAAAGCAGAAGGGACCAAGGAUGCCCUGGUGGGGGGCGAGGGGCAGGCAGUGGCCGAAGGCACGGGAGAGGGGGGAUUCCGGUUGAAGAUGCCCACCUUCAAAGGCACUGGGGAGGGUGCUGGGCAGUCUCUGGGCCCACCUGGAGCAGCCCUUGAACAUACCUUCCACCUCUCCCUUCCAGAUGUGGGCUUCACGGUGGAGCCCGGGGCUGCACAGGUGGGCACAUCCCCAGAAGGGGGCAAGCAACGCUCCUGGAUGCCUGAGGUGGAACUGUCCCCACCCCCCAUGGGCAGCCAUGCAGAAUACCAAGUGGCUGGGGAUGGGCUGGAAGGAGAGGCGGGGCGCAGGCCCAAAAUCAAACUGCCUCGAUUUGGGCUCUUGCUGGGGAAAGAAGAGGGGGAUGAUGGGGAUAAAGCCAAGGGAAAGAAAUUGACCAAGGGGGAAGGCAGAGGCGAUGCUGCCGUCUCUGGGGAGGGAGAGGCAAAAGUCUCCCCUGGGUCAGGAAAACCUACCCUCCUCUUGUCUUGGGGUGCUUCCGGAGAAGGGGGUGGGGAGGCUGGCGGCCGGCUCCGGAGUCCCAAGCUAAGACUGCCUAAAGUGGGCUUUGCCAAGGGUGAAGCUCCCAGCACCAACGGGGCCAGCUCCCCAGGGGAGGAGGUGGGAGCCGCCACAGCCCUGCACAACGGGGCAUCCACAGGCCGCCUCGGCCGAGUGUGCCUGCCCCAAGUGGAACUUGCUUCCCCCUACAAAAGUCCAGAACAGGACCCCGAGUUGAGCCGGGGCCCUGUGGGGGUGGAUCUUGGCCCCUUUGCUGCCCUGCGGGCCACUCGUUUCCGCUCCCCCUUCUCUAGCCGCUCUAAAGAGGAAGGAGAACCUGCUGGGACUGAGGGAUCCCAGAGGUCCCCCGGAGAGAAGUCCCCCAAAUUCCACUUCCCCAAGGUGUCACUGAGCCCCAAGGCACAGGGGGUGGCCAAGGGAGCCCCAAGUGAGGGGGAGGAGGAGGGAACAUUCAGGGUCCGGCUGCCUAAGGUGGGCUUCUCUGAGACAGAAACUGAUGGUGAGCCAAGCCCUCCAGACACCACCAAGAUGGAGGGGACCCAAACGGCAGCCAUCUAAGCCUGGCUGGGGAGACAGCCACAUCUUCCCUCUUCUCCCCCUAUGAUUCUGUGUAUUGGAUACUAGCACUAACCCUAUGGGCCUGAGAGGUGGGGGCAGCCCAGGGACCACUGGGCACCAGUUGCCACUCAGGUCACAUGCUUCUU